AGGGCAAGAACAAGCUCUACUAUCAUCCACAAACAUCAAUCUCUUUGACCCCAAAACCAUCCAACUUCUUUAGGGAAAACUCUAGGACCAUCCAACUUCUUUAGGGCAAACUCUAGUAUCAUCCACCCAUAUUGAUCUCACUGACCCCAAACCUCUCCAACUCUUUAACCCUAAACUAAAGGGCAGGCACUUGGUUUUCUCAAUAAAUACUGAACUUGGGUAGCAAAAGAGCAAGCUGGGAAUACCUGGAAAGAGAUAUGGAGGAGAGUUUGAUAGUAAGCGUGAGCAUAGCAGCGUUGUUAUUGCUAUGGUGGGGAACACGGGCAUUGAAGAAGCGAAGGAAGUUGAAGCUACCACCGGGGCCAGCAGGGCUGCCAGUGAUAGGAAACCUGCAUAUGCUUGGAAGCCUUCCCCAUCGAAGCCUGCAAAAACUUUCGCAGGAGUAUGGGGAACUCAUGGCUUUGCAGCUGGGCUCUGUGCCCACAGUGGUGGCUUCAUCCCCGGAGGCGGCCAGGCAGAUUCUCAAGACCCAUGACCUGAAUUUUGCUGGGCGGCCGUCCAUAAGCUUUGCGCAUGAGGUGGUGUACGGCUCCAAGAGCAUGGCCUUCUCCUCCUACGGCGCAUAUUGGCGGCAGCUGCGCAAGAUCUUCACCACCCGUCUGCUCAGCCUCCGCCAGAUCGAAUCAUUCAGACAUGUCAGAGAAAGCGAGACGUUUGCCAUGGUUGACGGACUCUUUCAGAACUGUAAAUCCGCCGCCGCCGCCACUCCUGUUAAUGUUAGCAGGCUGGUGGGCUUGCUUACUAAUAACAUGAACUGCCGUAUGGCGUUUGGAAGAAAGUUUUCGGAAGAGGAGAUUGAUAACAGAGGAUUCAAGGACAUGAUUCAGGAGGUUUUUUAUCUCGGUGGUGCUUUUAAUGUGGGGGAUUUUAUUCCUUGGUUGCAGUGGAUGGAUUUGCAGCGCCUUGUGCGCCGCCAGAAGGAGGCUCAUAAGACUUUUGACGCCUUCAUUGAGAAAGUUAUACGUGAGCAUGAGUUGCAUGGCGAUCGAGACGAGUUUCAUGCAGAUUUCGUCCAUGAAUUGCUUGCCCUCACACGACUUGAUGAUGAUGACGAGAUGAAAAUUACAAGGGAAACUGUCAAGGCUAUCAUUUUUGAUGUUUUGGUUGGUGGAAGUGGCACUUCAACAGUGGCAUUGGAGUGGGCAAUGUCUGAAAUAUUGUUGAACCCUUCAAUUGUGAAGAAAAUACAAGAAGAGUUAGAUAGGGUGCUGGGACCUCAACAUAAAUAUGUAGAGGAGUCAGAUCUUCCACAACUAGAGUACUUGAUGGCCGUGGUGAAGGAAUCAUUGAGAGUCCAUCCACCAGUGCCUCUACUUAUUCCACAUGAAUGCAUGGAUGAUUGCACUAUUUUUGGUUAUGAUAUUCCUAGUAAGUGUCGUGUAAUAGUGAAUAUUUGGGCCAUUAAUAGAGAUCCUACUAUAUGGGAGAAGGCUGAUGUGUUCAAACCAGAGAGAUUUGUUGGCAACCCCAUUGAUGUCAAAGGCCAAAAUUUUGAGGUUCUACCCUUUGGAUCGGGUAGGAGAGGAUGCCCUGGUCAACUUCUAGGGUUUACUGUUGUGGAGCUUGCCUUGGCAAAUCUAUUGCAUUGCUUCGACUGGAGACUUCCAGAUGGAAUGAAUCCAAAUGAUUUAGAUAUGGUAGAGCAAUUUGGGUUGUCCACACCAAGGACACAAAAUCUCUUUGCUAUUCCCAUCCCUCGUCAAAAAGUAUACGCAUUAUUCUAAGUUAAAAAGUAUGAUGUUGCAUAUCUUAUUAAGAAUAUACAUAUAAUAAUAAAUUCCUUAAUAUGUGAUCUUUA